UUUACAGGUACAUAUCACACGCAUGCAUGGCCUUCUCCGGCGUUUCUUUUUCAUUUUAACAACGUUCAAUUCCGUGGUUUUCGCAGCGGUUUAAUCCGGCGGUUAGUUACGGUUCCGUGGGUGUCUCCGGUGGUGAUGAUCCGUGUGAAUGCAAAACCGGGAACAUCCGGACCGGAUGCUCAUCGGGUUACAGAAUGAGAGGUUUAUUGGGGAAAGAGCUAUGGCUGUACUGCAUCUGCAUCAGAGACAGCAGCGAACCCGGUUCAGUCUGAACCGGGUUUUCUCAGUGGUGGGAAUGGGUCCGGGUCAUGUAGGGACAGGUGUCUUUCUUCCUCGCACUGCUUUGCUCACCAAAAACAGCAACAUUCAUCACAACCUUAGAAAGGGACCGCGUACGAUGAAUUCGCGUGAAUAUCAACUCCCCCCUCGGAAGAUUUUGCUCAACAGGAGGCAAGAAGAAUGGCCCGGGUACGCUGCUACUCGUGAGGUGCGCUUGCCUAAUAACCGGAACUAUUGACAAUUUAUUUCUCUGGCUAUUAUUUAAAUUGUGCUUCAUAGUAUGCUAUUAAGGUGACACUCCUAAAUGAUGUGAAAUUGAAAAAAAAAAAAUUUGGGUGCC